AAUCAACUGGAAAUGUGAAUCUAGAUUAUACACCCUAUCUGUGAAGAGUGUUAGCAAACUAUUCUCCUUACAGAACAAACAAAUGGCAUGGAUGUUUUUGUUGUGUCUUGAAUUGAUCAGUCUUUUGAAUAGUUUCAGCCUUCUCAUGAUUCACAGCUUUAAGAUGCUUUAAUGGAGAGAACAGCUCAUUUCUGGCAAACACAUGGGCCAUGGUGAACGUGAGCAUGGAAGACCGGGUGGAGGUAUAUUUAAAAGACAAGGCUGAAAUCUCCUGUAUCUACACUCUGAAGGAACCAGCCAAGAUGUUAGUCUGGUCUACGAAAUCGCCAGGCAGGGAAAAAAGCAAGAAAGGACUCUUUACCUAUGAUACUCUAGAGAACAAGAUCAUCGAUGAGGACAGUGAAUACGCCGGACGCAUCAACUUCACACACUCUCAUGAACCACAGAACUCACAAGGAAGUGGCCUUCUGAUCAUCGACAAUGUGCAGCUGAGUGACCAGAAGGAGUACACCUGCACCGUGCAUAAUGUGUCGACAGACAGCGGUGAAGGACACACUCUUCUCCAAAUAUUCAACUCGCCAUCUCUACCUGUGAUUGAAGGUACAUACACAGGGAUUUCAGUUACUGAAGAGGAGCCAUCAAAGGUUGCACAAUGCAUAGUGGACAAUGGGUAUCCCAGACCGAUUAUCACAUGGUACAAGGACAGAUUGCCUCUCCAGCAAUCAGAUGGUGAGGUAAAGAUCUCGGAGUCAGAGACAAACAAAGCCAACGGCCUGUUCACAGUCGAGAGUAAUCUGUUCAUUAAGGCUCAGAGGACAGAUAAAGAUGCUGUUUUCUACUGUGAGGUCAAAUACCCUGUCCCCGGUGGAGUAAGAAUGACAGAGUCCAAGAAAAUCAACAUCAGUGUUCACUACCCUUCGACAGAAGUAAAAGUGUACGUAAAUCAACCUGAUAGGCUUAUUAAAGAAGGCGACACUGUGGAGAUCUGGUGUGAGGGAAAUGGAAACCCUCAGCCCGUUUUUACUUUCACACAUAAUGGGGAAGAAUUGAGCGGGGAUAAUCAAAUGCUGCUUUUGGAAAACGUCACACGGUCAGACAGUGGGAUGAUUGUGUGUCAGUCAAAUGACUUUGAGGCAAACAUUUACACUGAGGACUCCGUCAAUAUCACGGUGCACUAUCUGGAUCAAAUUGUGGUGACACCAGAGAAGUCUGUUCUUCACCAGGGGGAAAAUCUCAAUUUAACUUGCAACGCUCUGUCUUCUUUAACCACAGUGACAGCAUGGUAUAAGGAUGGCACGCGGCUGGUGGAGACGCAUGGUUUGGAGUUACACAAUGCCUCCUAUGACACUGCCGGAGUGUAUAUGUGUGAAGUGACCGUCCGUUCCCUGCCUGAGCUACAAGAACAAAAGUCUGUGCAGAUCAGUGUGCGAGGGAAGCCUAAGUUCACAAAGGAGAUAGAAGUGGGUCCAGUGAAUAAAGCAGAGCGCUCUGUUAACCUGACCUGCUAUGCAGAAGGCUUCCCGUUCCCCACCAUCACCUGGACCCUCUCUGACCAACGGACUGGGCAUCCUGUCCCUGUGCCGGAAGCGGAGAACCAGAUGACGGACACUGGUAUUGUCAGCAUGAUCUCUGUGAGAGCCAUGUCUGAACUCACAGCCAAGUGCAGCGCUGCCAAUGUUCUGGGGACAGAGGAGAUUACUCGCAAGAUUAAAGCAUAUGCACGUGUGACAACAACUACAACCCAAGCCACCAGCACAAAAGGAACAAGAUUAACCGUCCCACCAAAACAACCACAAACAGGAGGUGGAAGUGGAGUCAUCAUAGCCGUCCUCAUCAUCUGCCUCCUCCUCAUAGCCAUACUGGGCAGUGUGCUCUACUUCCUCUACAAGAAAGGAAAGCUGUCCUGUGGACGGUCGGGAAAGAAGGAUUUCACGAAGGAAAAGGCCAGUAAGGAUGAUAUUGUGAUGGAGAUGAAAAGUGGUAAAUCUGAAGAGGCAGUGCUUCUACAGGGAGUCAAUGGAGACAAGAAGUCCCCCACCGAAUAGAGUCAAAGACUGAAAACGACAUGCAUAUGUGGAGAGCCGCUAACAGCCACUGUCCUUCAGAGCUCCUUCUCAGGGUGAAUCCCAAUCUGAGUGCUCGAAGACCUCACAAUACACCCACAUCUUCCCCUCUACUCAAAUACCCACUCAAUUCUGCCUUUUUCUGCCCAUGUUUUAUGUUUGGACUGCUAUAAUCUGAUUUAGUAUACAGCAAGAUGAUCCACAAAGCACCAAGUUCAUAAUGGACUCCGCUUCAGUAUUUACAAAUUGUACAUAAAUAUGACAUACUGUAUAUAUUUAGCUAUUUAAAAUGCCUGAGACAUCUGAAAGGUUGCGCUUGAGUCUCUUUUUGAUAAUGCAAGUCUCUUUGUUGAGGGGCAUUUGAAGAGUCAUUAUUUGCUGUGUCUGAUCUGAACCUGCUCUCACCUCCUCCGCACCAUUAGUCCAUGCACUGAGCCGUCUGUACCACUGUAAACCUUCAUCUGUCCUCUAAUGAGCUGCACUGAAACGGCCCAAUGAUAACGCUUGAGGGCAAUUUCCCUACAAAUAAAUGAUCAGUGAAAGGCUCUGACAUGGUUGACCUUUUUUCCAAAUAUGUAAGCAAAAUGUUGGGUUCAUGUCUUGCCUCUAGUUUUAUUAUUAUUAUUUUAAAUAAUUUUAUUAGCUAUAUCGAAUUCAGUUUGUUCACUGUGAGGGCCAAGCGAGUGAACUAUGUUAAUGUCAGAUGGGCUAAAAAGGUCCCUCUAGCCUGAGAAAAAUUUAACUUUUUUUUUUUUUUUUUUUAAUGCCAUUACCUGCUGUCCUAAUCUUGCACUUGAAUGUAAAUAAUAGAGAAAUACAAGACCAACCCUCCCGUUUUUAAAUUUUAGGGGAAAUAUUAAAUGCAUGUGGAAGACUGCAUUCAUUUAUCAUAUUGGCGGGAGAUUACAACAGGAAAAAAUGCAAGUGUUAUUUUUACACUGAAGACAUUUUUUUUUUAAACUAUAUAUUCUAUUAGAUUUUUUUUUCUCCAAUGCAUAUUUUAAAGGUUUAUAAGUUGUAUCUUAAUCUAUGCAGCAUGUACCCUGUACUUUAUGCAAAGCAGACCCACAGAUGGAUACAAAAGUCCUUAUUAUACUGAAGUUCACCCGUUUCAUUUCCUCUGGGUUUUUAUUUUUGUCCCUGGUAUUUUUGUUAAUGCUUGUUUUUGAAUUGUCCUGGUAUUUCUAUUAAAAAUGGCUGGCUUACUCAGGCCUAUAUUUUA